AUGAAGCUUCCUUUCAAAUACACCAGGUCUCAACUUGAAGUUUUCCGCUUUGCAUUUUGUCUCUUAUCACCAGUGGCAGUUAUGUACUACAUCGGUAUAGAUACCGACAAAAAGCUGAACGUGCCAGGGUUUUGGCCCGACCCUGAGACUUUGAACAAAAUACCCAAGGAACCAUACGAAAUAAAAGCUGAGCUAGCAAGAAUGAAAAAAGAAAGACUCGAGAAAAGACUGCGUCUUGAGAAGAAGAUCUCAGAGGAAUACGGAAUAGAUAUUGAAGCUGAAAAAGCUCGUAUCAGGGGGCAGAUGAAUGAAAAAUAG